CGUCUUGGCGCACUCCCCCGGAGCUUGCGCAAGUUGCAGAACCCAGCCACACUCGAGCUUCUCCAGACAUUUUAGGAGCUUGGUCAACGCUGACGACUCUUUCCGCCUCUUCCACUUGGCACGGAAGUCCCAUUCUAUCUUCUCUUUGUUAAAUUCAACAGUACAUUCACUCAUUUCCCCGAAACACCCUCCUUGCUUCCCAGUGAUACUCGGGCAGCUUUCCGUGCACGUGAAGCUCUCACCUCAACCCGCGGGGAGACUUCAUUUCCUCGAACCAUCAGAAACCCUCCCCCAAUAACCGCCAUCCACCUCCGACAACACCCAGCGACCCCGCGUAGAGAAUCUCGCCAAAAUGGCCGCCGUGCCUGACACCAGGCACACCAAGACCGAUCAGGAGUUGGCGAUCAACAUCAGGAAGGCAACGAACCCCGACGAGACCGCGCCGAAACGAAAACAUGUCCGUAGUUGUAUCGUGUACACCUGGGACCACCGGUCCUCCCAGGCCUUUUGGACGGGGAUGAAGGUCCAGCCGAUUCUCGCCGACGAGGUCCAGACGUUCAAGGCCUUGAUCACGGUUCACAAAGUUCUUCAGGAAGGACACCCUAACACUCUGAGGGAGGCCAUGGCGCAGAGGGGCUGGAUCGAUAGCUUGAACCGCGGCAUGGGCGGAGAAGGAGUUCGAGGAUACAGCCCCCUGAUCCGAGAAUAUGUCUACUACCUCCUGGCGAAACUCUCCUUCCAUCAGCAGCAUCCCGAGUUCAACGGGACGUUCGAGUACGAGGAGUAUCUGAGCUUGAAAGCCAUUAACGAUCCCAACGAGGGCUACGAGACAAUCACCGACCUGAUGACGCUGCAAGAUAAGAUUGAGCAGUUCCAGAAGUUGAUCUUCUCCCACUUCCGUCACGUCGGCAACAACGAGUGUCGGAUUUCCUCCUUGGUCCCCCUUGUGCAGGAGAGCUACGGUAUCUACAAGUUCAUUACAAGCAUGCUGCGUGCCAUGCACUCAACUACUGGCGAUGUCGAAGUGCUCUCGCCUCUGCGUGAGAGAUACGAUGCACAGCACUACCGCCUUGUCAAAUUCUACUACGAGUGCUCAAACUUGCGCUACCUGACCAGCUUGAUUACCAUUCCGAAGUUGCCACAGGAUCCUCCCAAUCUUUUGUCGGAAGACGAUGAGGCGCCUGCGUUGCCGGCUCGGCCAAAGCAGGAAAUUGAGAGACGCCCGACCCCACCUCCUGAACCAAAAUCCCAAGAGCCCGACGACAUCUCCGAGUUCUGGAAGAACGAGCUGGAGCGCCAGAACCGGGAGUACGAGGAGCAGCAGAGGGUGCUCGAGGAACAGCAACGGAACCAGAUGAUGAUGCAGCAACAGGCGCAAGAGCAGGCUCAAAGGGAGUUUGAGGAGCAGCAACGCAGACUGGCGGAGCAGCAGCGACGUGAGCAGGAGGCCUUGAUGCAGCAACAGUUGCAAUACCAGACUCAGGGCCGACUCGCGGAGCUCGAACAGGAGAACUUCAACGCCAGAGCCCAGUACGAGCGGGAUCAGCUGAUGCUUCAACAAUACGACCAGAGGGUGAAGGCAUUGGAGGGAGAGCUGUCUCAGAUCCAGGGACACUUUGGCCAACAAAUUACGAGCAAAGACGACCAAAUUAGAGCUCUUCAGGAGCAGGUCAACACGUGGCGCACGAAAUAUGAGGCCCUCGCGAAACUCUACUCUCAGCUCCGCCACGAGCACUUGGAUCUGCUGCAGAAGUUCAAGUCUGUACAGCUGAAGGCUGCCUCUGCCCAAGAAGCCAUUGAACGCCGGGAGAAGCUAGAACGUGAGAUCAAGACGAAGAACCUCGAGCUUGCGGACAUGAUCAGAGAAAGGGAUCGUGCCCUUCACGACAAGGAUCGUCUGGCAGGGGCAAACAAGGAUGAGGUUGAGAAGCUCAAGCGCGAGCUGCGCAUGGCCCUCGACCGGGCUGACAACAUUGAGAGGAGCAAAGGAAACGAGCUCUCAACGAUGCUGUCCAAGUACAACCGCGAGAUGGCUGACCUCGAGGAGGCUCUGCGUCUCAAGUCCCGAGCUCUGGACGAUGCCCAGGCGAAGCUUAGGGAUGGCAGCUCGGACCUAGAGCAGCUCCUCCGCGACAAGGAAGAGGAGUUGGAGGUGUACAAGGCGGGCAUGGAUCAGACCCUUAUUGAGCUCAACGAGCUUAAGCUGAACCAGGGCGACACGGACACCGUCAUCGACGGACAGAUAGAUGCCUUGAUCAUGGCCAACCUCGACAAGAUUAACGACAUCAUUGACUCCGUGUUGCAGUCGGGUGUGCAGAGAGUAGACGACGCGCUCUAUGAGUUGGACUCCACGAUGCAAGCCGGAAACCAGAACGCCUCGCCAUCAUACGUCUUAUCUCAAAUCGAGAAGGCAUCCUCGAGCGCAAUGGAGUUUGCCACCGCCUUCAACAACUUCAUUGCCGAUGGCCCCAACGCCACGCAUGCGGAGUUGAUCAAGGCCAUCAACGUUUUCGCGGGUGCCAUUGCUGAUGUCUGCAGCAACGCAAAGGGUAUCACUCGCCUGGCGACCGACGAGAAAAAGAGCGACGCCUUGAUGAACGGCACCCGGCAGUCUGCUGCGUCCACCGUCAAGUUCUUCCGCGGCCUCCAGAGCUUCCGUUUGGAGGGCAUGGAUCCCAUCCAGAAGACCGACGUCGUCAUCAACAGCAACAACGACGUGCAGAUGAACUUGCAGAAACUCAACAAGCUUGUCGAGACCUUUGCGCCGAACAUGGGCAAGCUCGCUGGCAAGGGCGACUUGGGAGACAUUGUCGACCAGGAACUUAGCAAGGCUGCCGAUGCUAUUGCUGCUGCUGCUGCUCGUCUGGCCAAGCUCAAGAACAAGCCGCGCGACGGCUACUCUACCUACGAGCUCAAGGUGCACGACGGCAUUCUCGACGCAGCCAUGGCCAUCACCAACGCCAUUGCACAGCUGAUCAAGGCUGCCACCGUGACCCAGCAAGAGAUUGUGCAGGCAGGGCGUGGCUCGUCCUCGAGGACGGCCUUCUACAAGAAGAACAAUAGGUGGACUGAGGGUCUCAUCUCAGCUGCGAAGGCAGUCGCUGGAUCGACUAACACCCUGAUCGAGACCGCGGACGGCGUCUUGUCGAACCGAAACAGCCCUGAGCAACUCAUUGUGGCAUCUAACGACGUUGCAGCAUCCACCGCCCAGCUCGUCGCCGCCAGCAGAGUCAAGGCGGGCUUCAUGUCCAAGAGCCAGGAGAACCUCGAGCAGGCCAGCAAGGCCGUCGGCGCUGCCUGCAGAGCGCUCGUGCGCCAAGUGCAGAGCAUGAUCAAAGACCGCAACGCAGACGACGAGUCGGUCGACUAUUCGAAACUCGGGGCCCACGAGUUCAAGGUCCGGGAAAUGGAACAACAGGUCGAGAUCCUACAGCUGGAGAACGCCCUCUCGGCGGCAAGGCACCGGCUAGGGGAGAUGCGCAAGAUCUCCUACCAGGAGGAGUAGACGUGGCCUACGCUCGUCAUCGUUUGGAGUUGGGCCCCGUGGGAGGAAAAGAGACGGGCAGAGCUCGUUGGAUUGUGGAGCCGAUUUAUCGCAUUUCGGUGUUCGGUCGUUUAUUCUCUCCUUCAAGGAGGCGUUUAUUUACUUACCUUUCUCCAAGGGAUCUCCCCCUUACUAUUGCGGACUGAGGGAUACAUCGCGGGCUGGUGGCGGGCUGGUGGCGGGGUGUCUUGUCAUUGUGACUUUAUAGUUUUUUUCUUUCGACUUUAUUGACAUGCGUGAGCAUUUGCGUUAUCCCACUGAAAUCAAUAAACGGGAAAGCGGCUUUGGUCCUGGCACUGCCCCGGUGUCUAUCAGGUCCCCGUCCCCUUGGCUUUCA